CAUUUGGAUCGAUCCGCCCACUCCCCUGAGUAUCAACUUCCUAUCCAUGGCCGAGCAAGAAACUUUUCACGUUCGAUGUUGACGAAACGACGCCUCUUUGCCUUUAGGGACGCGUAUCGUGCUUUAUGAAAUGACGCAACAGCUUCAUAAUCCGUCUUGCAAGGUCAAGGAAGAAUAAUGUAAAAACAUGGCUGCACUUCCUUUUCAUUGCACCAGAGACAACAGCUGUAGCAUCUGCAGAAUCUAAUAUAAACUUACUUGUUUUCUGAUUUGAAAAGUUCUGACCCAGUAGCGGUGGUCAUGCUAGCAGACACAGACCAAUCUGUGCCACGUUUUGAGAACCCUCCCCCUCCUGAGGUCAAGAAUGCAAACAAGUUAGGCCGGAGGACCAACCAGCUUCAGUUCAUACAAAAUGUAGUGGUCAAGGCUGUGUGGAGGCACCAUUUUGCCUGGCCUUUUUAUCAUCCUGUUGAUGCUGUGGCUCUUCAACUACCAGAUUAUCACACCGUAAUAACCAAUCCCAUGGAUUUGAGUACCAUCAAGCAACGGCUCGAGAACAACUACUACUGGAGUGCCAGUGAAUGUUUACAAGACUUCAACACCAUGUUCACCAACUGCUACGUUUAUAACAAGCCUACAGAUGAUAUUGUGCUGAUGGCACUGGCAUUGGAAAAGACUUACUUGCAAAAAGUCUCACGUAUGCCUCAGAAAGAAGUGGAUCUGUUGCUUCAUGCAGCCAAAGGGAAAGGCAAAAAUAAAUUUCCAGGUGGGAAGGCUCCACCCACAUUUCUUUCAGAUAUGACCCCUCAGCGGAAGCAUUUUGGCGCCAACUCACCUUCCACUUUUCACCUUCACACAGAGCAGCCACAUGCAAAAACAAAGAUAGGCCCGAAGAGGAAGAACAGCACCAUCACUGACACAACCAGUCUGAAUGAGUCAGCAGAAAGCAAAAGAAGACACAGCAUCCUCGACCGAGCCAUGCAUCCUUCUACCAGAAAUGUAGACGGAGCUGAGACGGUCCAGCUGAGUAAACCUCUCAAGUACUGCGAGGAUAUCUUGCAGGAAAUGCUCUCGAAGAAGCAUGUAGCGUACGCUUGGCCCUUCUACAAGCCUGUGGAUGCUGAAGCUUUGAAGCUGCAUGAUUAUCAUGACAUAAUCAAAUACCCCAUGGAUCUCAGUACUGUCAAGACAAAAAUGGACAGACGAGAGUACCAGGAUGCACAACGAUUUGCCGCAGAUGUCAGAUUAAUUUUCUCCAACUGCUACAAAUACAACCCACCUGAUCAUGUUGUUGUUGCCCAGGCCAAGAAACUUCAGAGUUUGUUUGAAAAGAGGUUUGCAAAGAUUCCAGAUGAGCCUGUCUUGCUGACUUCAAUGGGGGGCUCUCGUCUGGCUCUUGGUGGGUUGAGUGCCACAGGCGCUUUCAUUUUGGAUAAAACUGAUGAACAAGACCCCCAAUAUGCAGAGUUGCAAAAACAGCUUGUAUCGGUUCAAGAGCAGUUGGCUACAUUGUCUGAAACCCCUCCAAAUAAACAGAUGAAAAACGUGACAGAAAACGAGAAGGAACAUAGGAUAAGUAGAGGCAGCAGCGAAUGUGGUCAGACUGUCAGCCCUAGGCAGUCAAAGAACAGUUGUGAUGAGGAAUCUUUGGAAAUGACAUAUGAUGAGAAGCACCAGCUGAGCCUCGACAUCAACAGACUGUCCAGCUUAAAGCUUGGCGGUGUGGUGAACAUCAUUCAGACAUUAGAGCCAUCUAUGUGUGACACCAAUCCAGAAGAGCUCGAGAUCGACUUUGAGAUACUGAAGCCAUCAACUCUAUGUAAACUGCAGCAGUAUGUCCGUUCUUGUCUAUACAAGAAGUUCAAGAGAUAUCAAAAGAAAAAGAGUGCAGUUGAGUCUCAUGAGUUUGAAAGCAGCACCUCAGAUUCUGAUGUCAGCAGUUCUGAAGCCUCUAGUUCAGAAAACAAUGACUCAUGUCAUGCAUUUCUUACUCCUCCUCCUCCAAGUUUUACACUCUAAAUGAUAAGCAUGUACAGUGUAUAUAUAGCUAUUUUGUUGUAAUAAAUCCACUUUCUUCAGUUGUUUUGUAUUUUUCCCCUCAUACCAUAUGUUAUAGUUUGUCAAACUUCAGACAGGCCUGUACACACUGUACAUGUGUCUUUGAGAGCAGGGGGGAGCUCAAGGGGCUUAGUCAUCUUCAUGUACUUAUGACAAUGAUGCCACUGGUCUAAAGCUGACUUUUUCAGGCUUCACUUGUCUAAGCCGUACUAGCUUCUUAUCUUCUUAAUUUGGGUUAGAAACUUUGCAGCUGAG